GUUUUGUGAGGAAGUGAGUGCGUUUUCGAAAUCCGUCACUUCCGGUAGAGGAGAGCCGUGCGAUGUUUGGGUCCGGAGGUUAGCUAGCAGACAAGGAAGCUGCAUUUAAAAACGUCACAGAUAAUUAAACAGUUCUCUUUUUAUCUCACUUGUUAUUUUUAAUAAAUUUCCAUCUUUGUUCGGAGCUACAGCCGUCAGUUUAUCACACUUGUUGGUGUAACGUUAGCUUGGUUAGCUGCAGUGAAGGUAAGCGGCUCCUGUUAGCCGUCAGUCUGACAGCGCCUUUACUCCAGAGGCCGAGAUGGGAGUUGACCACACGGAGCCGGAGGAGGUGCCGGCGGACGCGGUCGGCAGGCGGGUGGCCUGCGACGGGGAGCGGGCCACGGUGCGGUAUGUGGGCCCGGUGCCACCGACGGCAGGGCUGUGGCUUGGUGUUGAGUGGGAUCACCCGGAGAGAGGCAAACACGGCGGCAGCCAUGGUGGAGUCCAGUAUUUCACCUGCAGACACCCUAAAGGAGGCUCCUUCGUCCGGCCAGCGAAGGUGAGCUUCGGUGUGGACUUCCUGACCGCCGUGCAGCAGGUGUACCAGUCCGACACGGAGGAGGUGCUGACUGACGCCUCCUCUGAGAAGCUCAGCUGGUUGGGAAUCAGUGAGCGCAGUUAUGAGAAUCUUCCCACGGUGUUGCUGACUCGCUCUGAGGUAAAUGGGCCCGGAGCUGACGGAGAAAUCAGGAGAACAAUGCCGAACGUGAAGUAUUUGGACCUGAGCAGAACUCUGCUGUGCUGCUGGGAGGACGUGUCUGCUGUCAGUCAGCAGCUGGAUCACCUGGAGAAUCUGCAGCUCAGUAACAACAGGCUGCGGCUGCCUGCUGACGUCUCUGCUCACGUUCAGGCGUUCAGCAGCCUCAGAGUUCUCGCCCUCAACAGCUGUGACAUCACCUGGUCGCAGAUCCUGCAGUGCGCCCCCAUGUGGCCGCAGCUGGAGAAUCUUUCUGUGGAGGUGAACGACAUCAGGGAGCUGCAGAGGCCUGACGGAGUCCUGCAGGCCCUCAGGAGCCUCAGCCUGGCCUCCAACCCUCUGCUGCAGCUCACUGUGCUCAGUGUGGCGGCGCUGCCCAGGCUGGAGCAGCUGAGCUUGUCGAACACCGGACUGUCUGAUCUGCGAUUUGAUGACGCUGCUCCCGGAGCUCAGACGGCCAUGUUUCCAUCCCUGACCAGUCUGAACCUGGACCAGAACAACAUCACUGAGUGGGGUGUGGUGGACGAGUUAGCCAAGUUGCCCAGACUGGUGAAGUUAUCGUGUCGCGGCAACCAACUGGUGAGCAGCGACGGAAACCCCAGGACAGCCAAUCAGCUGCUGAUCGCCAAACUGGGACAGCUGGUGUUCCUCAACAGCUGUGAGAUCCAAGCCGAGGACCGGAGGGGGGCGGAGCUGGACUACAUCAAGAUGUUCGGAGAGGAGUGGCUGAAGGCCGGCGGGGGGAACGAGCCCAGCAGCCAGUUCACCUGUCGGCACCCUCGUUACCUGAGCCUCAUCAACAAGUACGGCGCUCCAGAGGAGGGCGAGCUGAAGAAGCCGGAGCCGUUUGCACUGAAGAACCAGCUCUUAAAGAUCACCUUCGUGUUUCCUGACGACGCCGAGCGGAAGCCGAUCGAGAAGAAACUUCCAGCCUCCAUGCUGGUUCAGAAGGUGAAGGGGCUCCUGUACAGACUGCUGAAGGUUCCUGCUGCAGACCUGCAGCUCUCCUACACCAGCAUGAAGAUGGUCGGGACGGAGUUUGAGAUCGACAGCGACCAGAAGACUCUGGAGUUCUACUCCAUCGAAGACGGAGACCAGGUGCUGGUCCGCUGGUGAAGAACCGGACCAGGAGGUGCAGAACCGGUCCACGGCAGAGCCCUGCAGGACUGAUCCUGAGGUCCAGCUCCAGGCUGAGGUGGACUCUCCUCAGACUGACUCUGGAUCUGUUGACUGUUCGGACGGUGACCUCACCGGCUCCUCCACCUGCACCUUUCACACCUGCUCAGCUGUUGUUGUGUUGCUGUGUGAUCGACUGUGUUGUCAUGGAGACCGUGGAACAUUAAAGGAAGCAGUCGUCACAUGUUCGCUGACAUCGCCGACUUCCUGCUGGUCUCACAUCAUGAUUAGAAACAUUUUCAGCAACAUUAGCAUGUCUGCAGCUUUUUAAACACAGUUACAAUCCUGACAAAUAUCAGUUACCAGUCGAUUGAUGAGACUUUCAUUAUUUUAUUUUUCCUUGUGCGUGACGUCGGUAUGGAAGCUCUGAGAGGCCAGACAGAUUAUUAUUACACUUUUCACCUGGAAAAAAAACAAAACGUUGCUCACUUGGUUUCACACACCAAGAAAAUCUGAUCUUUCCUCAAUUUUUUUCUACCUCUAAAAACAUGUAAAUAAUAACAUAAUAAUAAAAAUAACAAUAACAUUUUCAGGAGAAUCACUUGUGAUUUUCCUCUCAGUCCACUUCAUCGUGUCGUCUGUUUGAGCUGUAAAGCUGCAUAAACACAUGAAAACUGACAUUUCUCCUCAGAUCGUUAUUGUUUUUGUUCAGUUCAGUUUCACGCAUGAAAAAAAGGACAUUUGUGUAUAAAAUCCUUUUGAUAAAGAACUUUCUCCACUCUUUUGUUUUUUCCCCAUUUCACACACACAAAAGUAUUUUCAGGAAACUCUGCAAGCAAAAAGAAAAAAAGGUUUUCCAGAAGAAUUUUUUUGUGCUUGGAACUGAGUGAAAAAACUGUUCAACAGUUUUAAAGAAUAACAUUGUUAAUCAAAAAGUUCCUAAGAUCAAAUUUCCUUUUUAUCCGUGUGUGAAACUGAGCAUUUCUUUUACACAAACACAGAAAAAACAUUUCACAGGAUUUAUUUUUA